GGUCGUCGACUAUCUAUCUAUGUAUGCUCAAUGUUCAAUGGUCAAAUCUAAAUCAAAUGGUAUUGACAAUGGGUUAAAAAUUGGGCUUAGAAUUUAAAUUGUUUUAUCUAAAUUUCUUAAAAAUAUUCAAGUCAAUUAUUUCCGAAACUUCCAAAAUGUAAAUGUAAAGUGUUCAGUGUUUUAGCCAUCCAAAGGACCAGAUUAAAUUUGAUUCAUUGGCUGACAAUGGUAGUAACGUUAAAUUCUGCAUGUUAUAAUCUUAACAAACAAAAAGCAACUAAGAGUCAGUAUGAUUUCAAAAAUAAACAAAUCCAAAAAAAGGCAAGCUCGGAGUUGGGUAGAAGCAUUAUUUCAAAAAAGAGAUUGUGUAACUUUUAUUCCAUCCACUACCGAUAAGACUAGAUGCAGCUGUGGGCUUUCAUUAACAUUCCACUGUGGUGGAGGAAGUGGCUCUGUUCAAUUAGAUCCUGAUAAUCCAAAUGAAGUCUGGUCCUCGUUAAGACACACCGUAGUUUCAGCAACAGAUGCCUAUGGAACAAUUGAGUUUCAAGGUGGCCCCCAUCCUACCAAAGCACAGUAUGUUAGAUUGUCACAUGACACUAGACCAGAAACAAUACUGCAUUUAUUUAAUCGAGAAUGGGGUUUAGAACUACCAAAAUUAUUAAUAACUAUUCAAGGAGGAAAAGCUAAUUUCGAAAUACAGCCCAAAUUGAAGAAGGUAUUACGUAAAGGGUUAUUGAAAGCAGCUAAAACAACUGGUGCAUGGGUAUUUACUGGAGGAACAAACACUGGUGUUACUCGUCAAGUGGGAGAUGCACUUUUACUUGAUUCACAACGUCCAGGUAGAGUUGUGUCUAUAGGCAUAGCACCAUGGGGUAUUAUCGAAAACAACCAUGAACUUAUUGGUCAUAAUAAAGAUGUUCCCUACCAUUCUAUAUCAUCACCUAGAUCUAAAUUAGCUGUGUUGAAUAAUAGACAUACAUAUUUCCUUUUGGUUGACGAUGGCACAUCAGGGCGUUAUGGAGCAGAAAUUGAAUUACGCAAAAAAUUGGAAAAAUACAUUUCAAUUCAAAAGCUGCAUCCAAGUGCACAUUAUAGUACUCCCGUUGUUUGUCUUGUGAUUGAAGGAGGUACUCAUACCAUUAGAGCAGUGUUAGAGUAUGUUACAGAUACUCCUCCAGUACCAGUGGUUAUAUGUGAUGGUUCAGGCAGAGCAGCUGAUCUAUUAGCUUUCACACACAGAUAUGCAGUGGAUAGUGGCGGACAAACUGUUUUAGAAAAUAUGAAAGAAUAUCUAUUAAAUACCAUACAAUGUACAUUUGAAGUUGGACAAGACAAAGCUGAACGUUUAUAUGAAGAACUCAUCGAGUGUACAAGGCAUAAAAAUAUGAUCACUGUUUUUCGAAUGAGUGAUGGUCAAGAAAAGUCACAGGAAUUAGAUCAAACUAUAUUAACUGCAUUAUUUAAAAGUCAACAUUUAUCUCCUUCAGAACAGUUGAGUUUGGCAUUGACUUGGAAUCGUGUUGACAUAGCUAGAUCUGAAAUAUUUGUUUAUGGACAAGAAUGGCCAGAAGGUGCUUUAGAAGAAUCUAUGAUGCAAGCUUUAGAACAUGACCGGAUUGAUUUUGUAAAGCUGUUGUUAGAAAAUGGUGUUAGUAUGAAGAAAUUUUUAUCUAUUUCUAGGCUGGAGGAGUUAUACAAUACUAAACAAGGACCAACAAAUACAUUAGGAUAUAUAUUACGGGAUGUUCGACCUCAUAUCCCUCAAGGUUAUAUGUAUACAUUGCAUGACAUUGGAUUAGUAAUUAAUAAAUUAAUGGGUGGUGCAUACAGAGCUCAAUAUACCAGACGUAAAUUUCGUGCAAUGUAUGCCCAAACACGCCGUUUGAACAAUACGCAUAGAAAUAGUGCUUCAUUUACACGUUACUAUGGAAACAAUUUAACAUUGGGCGUUUUAGCCGAUUCUGAACAUUCUGAAGAGGAAUCUCUUUUUGAAUAUCCAUUUAAUGAGUUAUUAAUUUGGACUGUGUUGACUAAGCGUCAAGAAAUGGCAUUAUUAAUGUGGCAACAUGGGGAAGAAGCAUUAGUUAAAUCACUUGCUGCCUGUAAACUUUAUAAAGCCAUGGCACAUGAAGCAGCAGAAGAUGAUUUAGAGACAGAAAUAUAUGAUGAAUUACGAAAUUAUGCUAAAGUAUUUGAAGAUAUCUCACUUGAGUUAUUGGAUUACUGCUAUCGUCAAGAUGAUGACCAAGCCCAACAAAUGCUUACAGUUGAGCUACAAAAUUGGAGUGGUCAAACUUGUCUUAGCUUAGCUGUGGCUGCAAAUCAUAGAGCUUUGCUUGCUCACCCUUGUAGCCAAAUUAUACUUGCUGAUUUGUGGAUGGGAGGUCUAAGAACAAGGAAAAAUACCAACAUCAGGAUUUUAUUAGGAUUGCUAUUUCCACCAUAUAUAUCAAGGCUAGAAUUUAAAUCUCGAAAAGAAUUGCAGUCAAUGCCUCAAACUGAAGAAGAACAUUUAUAUGGUUUGGAAUUAGAAGAAGAAAAUGAAAGCGUGGAAGGAGGUGUAAAUCGGUCACACUUAAAUCUUGUGGAGACAAAUUUAGAUGGUGUAUCAUCAUCAGUCAAAGAUAAUGAAACAGCUGAAAAUGGUACCAUGUUGCCAAGUGCUUCAAUUGGAGGUACAAUUAAACAUUCUGAUUUUGAACAUAAAUGUGUAACUCCGUCAUACGAAUAUAGUACUUUUGAUUUAAAGAGACAGCGACCAUUGCCUUUGAGGCACAAGAUCAUAGAAUUUUACACCGCACCAAUAACUAAGUUUUUAGCAAAUUCUGCGGCAUAUUUUGUCUUUUUAGUUCUUUUCACAUAUGUGGUACUUGUCCGUAUGGAAGAAAAUCCAUCUUGGCAAGAAUUGUAUGUAAUUGCUUAUAUAUGCACGUUUGGUUGUGAAAAAAUUAGAGAAAUUGUUUCUUCUGAACCUACCAGCAUUAGUGAUAAAUUUUCUGUUUGGGCAUGGAAUAUGUGGAAUCCGUGUGAUGCUGCAGCAAUUAUUUUUUUCUUAACCGGUCUUUGUUUAAGGUUACAACCAUCAUCACAGGCUAUUGGAAGAGUUAUGUUCUGUACAGAUAUUAUUUAUUGGUAUUUGCGAAUUCUGAAUAUACUUGGUGUUAAUAAAUAUCUUGGACCACUUGUUACAAUGAUGGGUAAAAUGAUAAAAAAUAUGCUGUACUUUGUAGUACUUUUACUAGUAGUGCUUAUGAGCUUUGGAGUAAGCAGGCGAUCAAUUUUGUAUCCUGAUUCUGAUCCUGAAUGGAUUUUAAUCCGAGAAAUAUUUUUGCAACCAUAUUUUAUGUUAUAUGGAGAAGUGUAUGCUGAUCAAAUAUAUCCAGGAUGUGACGAAUCAUCUGGCAUGCCAAAUUGCCAAACUGGGAGAUGGGUCACACCAUUAGUAAUGGCCAUGUACUUAUUAGUUGCCAAUAUUUUACUUAUUAAUCUCUUGAUCGCGGUUUUCAACAACAUUUUUAAUGAUAUUAAUGCUAUAUCUCAUCAGGUAUGGAUGUUCCAGAGAUUUACAGUUGUUAUGGAGUAUGAACAAAAGCCAUCGCUUCCACCGCCUUUGAUUUUUUUUUGUCAUGUUUUCCUAUUAGCAAAGUAUCUUUGUCGCAAAAUUCAAGGCAUUCAAGAAACUUAUGACAAUGGUUUAAAGUUAUUUUUGGGUAAUGAAGAAUUAGAACAGCUAUAUGAUUUUGAAGAAGAAUGUGUUGAAGGAUAUUUUCGUGAGAAGGAUUACAAAUUACAAAUGUCUAUGGAAGAAAGAAUUAAGAUGUCUUUAGAAAAAACUGAAAAUAUACAACAGAAAGUAGAUGAUAUUAACCAGAAGGAAAACUUACAAAACUCAUCAGUACAAGCUUUAGAAUUUCGACUUCACAAGAUAGAAGACUUAAUGGACCAAACAUUGUCCACCUUAGGUGUAAUACAUAGAUUCAUGGCAACACAAAAUGGUGACCAAGAUAGUGGUAGUAGUAGUGACAAUGCUCAAAAAAGAAGUAAUUCUUAUGAACCAGAAUUUGAUUCUGAUCCAAAAAUUCUUCCUAUCACUGGUAGAACGAGAUGUAUUAGUGAACGAUCAGACUUAUUAUCAGAUAUUUCAGAUGCUUUACCAUCUGCAUAUCGUAGAAAAAAAAAGUAUUCAUUUCAUGAGAAACGUCCACCAAAUUUUUCUGAUAGUAACUUUUUACUGUCUCAAUUUGACGGUGUUCCAUCAUUUAAUGAUAAAGGAGGUAUAGAACUAUACAAUUAUGAAAAUCGUCGGAUGUCAGUUAAUUCAGCAAGAACAGUAGAUAGGAAAUUUGAUACUGAAAGUACAUUAUCACCAGAUUUUAACUGUAAAGAAGUAGAGGAUAUUGAUUGUGGUGAUGUUGAUUGCAAAUGUGAUAGUGGUGAUCAUGCUAUUGCUAGAUCAAGUGUAGAUCGUACAAUCUGGGUAGAACCACUCAUCAAAGUGUUUCCUCCAACACCUAGCAGACAAGUUUACUCAAGCUUACUAUCUCCACACUGUGACCAUUCACCUAAUAGAGGGAAUACACCAGUACCACGUACUAGGCAUGCGUCUGAGAUGUCAAACCCAGAAAUUGCUAGAUACCUGGAAAAAGAACAUCUUAGAGAUGCAGAGGAAAAUGAUUAUCAUCUGAUGGAAGGAUUAAUAAAACAACAUAAACCGAAAACUUCAAAUACAAUUGACAUACCUAUCAAUGCUCAUAACGAUCAUAUGAUCCGUCGACGCACAUGCACAGAUAUAGAUCCAAAUGAUCUGCUUUCCAACACUCCAAAUAUGACAGAAAGCUCAACAUCCUAUAAUCCGCUCAACAGCAUGUCUUCCAAAAAUUAUGAUUAAACCAAAUAUUAUUUUUAAAUCAAAUAGUGAGUAGAAAAUUUUUUUUUUUUUAUUAUACUAUUAUCAAUUAUAUUUAUUUGGGCUCUGAUUAAAAUUCAUUAGUGUACUUAAAUUUCUGUGGGCAAUUCUAUUGUAUUAUUAUUAUUAUUAUUUUUUUUUUUUUAUAAAUUUUUCUUCAACAAAAUUGGAAAAAUGUAUACAAAUAGUUAUAGUUACCUACUUAUUCCGCAUUGUUUUUUUUUUUUUUUAAUAGUUUAAAACAUUUAAACAAUAUUUUAAUUUAGUUGUAUAUGUUUUUCUAUGCACAGACAAUUUUAGAACAGUGAAAUAUUUUUUUUAUAUUUAAAUGUAGGCUAUUUUACCUAAACAAUUUUAGUUUAUUAAAAUAUAUUGUU